AUGGCCAUCUACCUGAACAAUAAGCCAGUUGCUACUGGGUCCACUAUUAAUCAUGGAACUUGCACUGUGAUCCUGAUCAGUUAUGACAUCCAGGUACCAUCUAGUUCUUGUGGUCUCAGAAGCCACUUGGAGCAGCCUCCCCCUUGGAAAAGUCGUCAAGUCUUCCACUCUCCCCAUAUUGUCAAGAGAAAAACCCAAGCUCGGCGUUUGCAUUCAGGUGGUUCACUGGGACCGGAAACCACCUUCCCCCGUCGGACUGGAAGCCACCAUGACGAUGGCGCUCGAGGACUUGCAGAGUCGAGCUGUGGUCUCUCUGAGCUCAUCACAGUACCUUCCUAUGCGGGAGUUUCAUUUCAAGGUUUCUAUGAUUUUGUAAAAACUGUAGCUGUCAGAAUGGAUUGCAUCUCAACAUAA